CUGUCGACGGCAAGAAUGCUCAGAUACAAGUCCCUCCUCAUUCAGGCAGCUUGUAUUACAACUACAAGGGAACAUACUCCAUCGUCCUCAUGGCCGCUGUUGACAGCAAUUUGAAAUUCAUAUGUGUUGAUGUUGGGGCUUAUGGACGUGAUGGUGGCACAAUGUCAGCUUCUUGCUUUGGAAAAUCUCUAGAAAAGGCCUUGCUCGGCCUUCCAUCUCCGAAGCAGCUGCCUGGCACAAACAUUGUUGCUCCUCACGUCUUCGUCGGGGACGAAGCAUUUCAACUUCGUCCAGAUUUUCUGCGGUCAUAUUAUGGGAGGGUCCAGGAUGAAAACAAGCGCUUCUUUAAUUACCGUCUAAGCAGAGCCAGGAGGUGCGUUGAAAAUGCUUUUGGAGUGAUAGCCUCCCGAUUCAGGUUCUUUCGACGUGCCAUCAAUCUGCAACCACAAAAUGCAGACUACGUUGUCAUGGCGUGUUGUGUCCUGCACAACUUCUUGCGUGAUGACGUGAUCUACAUGACGGCGAACUAUGUCGACAGUGAAGAUGCAUAUGGCAACAUCACCAGUGGCCAAUGGCGCACCACCCAGGACAGUGGCACCUCAGCAAUGUUCAGUCUGCAACCUUCCACUGGGCACAACUAUACAAGGACGGCAGCGCAAACAAGAGACCUUUUCUGCUCAUACUUUGUGAGUAGGGAGGGUUCUGUGCCUUGGCAACGGGCAUCUGCUGGCCUGCGGCCAUGA